AUGGUUUCAUUGGCUUCUGCAAGUUUUAGUGUGUGCUUGUUUGUAUUCUUGUGCAUAGCUAAUGCCCAAUAUUAUAAUUCACCACUUAAGUUCUUCAAUGUUUUGGAUUAUGGUGCAGUUGCUGAUGAGAAGAGAGAUAAUGGCCAGGCAUUUUUAAAGGCAUGGGAAGAUGCUUGUCAGUGGAGAGGAAGGAGUAUGGUUUUAAUUCCCUAUGGAACUUACAUGUUGAGGUCAGUUUCAUUUGAGGGUCCAUGUAGGAGUUUAAUGAGAUUUGUAAUAAAAGGGGUUCUUAAAGCUCCCACAAGUCCAUCAUUGUUCAACACAAAUACUUGGAUUGGUUUUCGUUACAUAAAUGGGCUAGUUGUUAAAGGUGGUGGCUAUUUGGAUGGCCAAGGUGCUUCUGCUUGGCCAUAUAACGAUUGUUCCAAGAACCCCCAUUGCAUGCCUCUUCCUGUGACUUUGAGAUUCGAUUUCGUGACGAAUUCAAGAAUCCAUCAUUUGAGAUCAAUCAACAGCAAGAACUCCCACAUAAACCUCUUUGCGUGCAACAACAUAAACAUCAGUUUCGUACGAAUGACAGCUCCUGGGGACAGCCCCAACACCGACGGCAUUCACAUCGGAGCUUCAACUAACAUCAGAAUUUCAAGAACUGUUAUUCAGACCGGCGAUGACUGCAUUUCCAUGGUUACAGGCAGCCGAAACAUCGACAUUUCCGAUGUUACUUGUGGACCUGGUCAUGGAAUUAGCAUUGGUAGUCUAGGAAAAUCACCUGGAGAAUUUGUUACAGGCAUAAAUGUGAGAAAUUGCACAUUUAUUGGUACUCAAAAUGGGGCAAGGAUCAAAACUUGGGCACCGUCUUUGUCAAGUGAGGCUUCUGAUAUAUUUUUUGGUGACAUUUACAUGCAAAAUGUCAAUAAUCCAAUCCUCAUUGAUCAACAAUACUGCCCAUAUCCUUCUUGCAGCAAUCUGGGACAUGACAAUUCUAAAGUACAAAUAAGCAAUGUGACAUUCAGUAACAUAUGGGGAACAUCAAGUUCAAAGGUUGCAGUCACUUUAAAAUGUAGUAAAUUGGUGCCCUGUAAGAAUGUGCAGCUUAACAAUAUCAACUUGGCAUACCACGGACGAGGAGGACCAGCCACGUCUUCGUGUUUAAAUGUGAUUGGUGCUUCAUAUGGGAAACAAUCUCCUCCUAGUUGUUUAUGAUCAAAUUGAUGAUUUUUCUCGAUUUCCUUAUCUUGUGCCAAUUUCUCAAUUUGUUCUAAUGUAGUUCCGUUGGUGUUACUAGGCUAAUAUCUCAGGAUGUAUAAACUUGUUAUUUAGGAUGAAAUCAAUGCGCUUG